AUGGAGAGCUACCAGUUAGCAGACCUGUGUUGUAUCAUGCCGGUAAUUGACAACUAUGGCAAUGCCGUCACGGAACGACAAAGCAUUCUAGUUCCUGCAAAUGGUAGCAAAUGGGUUGGACUGAUGGGCAUAAACCCAUGGAGGAAUGAGAAAUACAUCGAACUGUCAGCAGAUUACAAGUCAGCAGCAUCGUCACAUCUGACUGUGGACAAUGCAAUCUUGCUACUGCAAUGGAUACGCAAUUUGAAGUCAAAAGGUGUACAACUACCAGCUAGUUUCUUGGCUUCUGUGAAGGAAGGAAGUUGGCUGAAGACAUCAGUCGGAUACCAGCCCCCGGCUGAAUCAUUUAUGUCCAGUUCUGAGUGGGGUAAUCUCUUGCAAAAUGGGUCUUCCUGUGUUGAUAUACCAAUGAUCGGUCAACAGUUCUAUCAAAACGAAAUGCAUGCGUACAAGGAGGAACUUCAGGUGAUCGGGGUAAGAUUUGAAUUUGGGGAGGCAUCCGCUUACAUCGGCAGACGGCUCAUGUCGAUGGCUGCAAGCAAUAUGCUGACCAGACAACAUGUAUAUGAGCUGCUUCGGCUGAUUCGGUUUCUUCAACAGAAGGUUCUGUCACCAAGUAAACUAGUCAACAGCGUGAAAGAUGGUCGAUGGAUGAAGAGUACUCUGGGCUACAGGUCUCCUUCUUGCUGUAUAAUAUAUGAUUCAGACUGGGCAGCUGCAUCUUGUAUCAGUACCCAGCCAUUCCUUGAUGUUGGAUUCUAUGGCGAGUCCAUCCUUGACUACAAACAAGAGCUGAAGUUGCUUGGUGUUCAAGUUGGGUUUGAAAACAGUGAAAAGGUUUACAAGCUUGUAAUUGAUAAUUUCAAGUUCAGUUCUUCAUCCAUUACUUCAGAUGCUACUGCACUAAUCCUCAAGUGUAUCCGGUAUGCUAGCCCAUGUGAUGAUUUCUUGAGGAAGCUCAGAGAUUUGAAAUGGCUGAAGACCAACGUAGGAUUCCGUGCUCCUGGUGAAUCUUUUCUUCUGGAUCAGGAGUGGGAGUGCCUUCUAAAGGUGUUCGACGUAGUUCCUGUAGUUGAUUCUUGGUUUUAUGGGAGUAAGAUCAGCCCGUACAAAGAAGAGUUGAAGAAGACAGGGUUGAUCACAGGAUUUGACCAGGCAUCGAAGACUGUAGCAAACAUUUUCAAGCAGAUGGUCCUGAAGUCAUCGCUUACAAAGGCAAGUGUCCUGGCUCUUCUAGCUUGUUAUCGGAAGCUGAGAACAUGCAACCCAAUUCCUGUUGAUCUUUUCAACUGCAUGCGGAGUGAGAAAUGGCUGUGCACAUCACUGGGAUUCAGGUCACCGUCGGAGGCAAUCUUAUUUGAUGAAGGUUGGCAGUCUCUGUCGCCAAUAGCAAGCUUGCCUUUCAGCAAUGAUGGUGACUCUAAUGGUGGUUUAGGCAAAGAGAUACAUGGUUACAAAGCUGAGCUUAAAGAUUUAGGUGUCACAACAGAAGUGAAGGCUCAUGUUGCCAGUCCUACCGUCACUGGUCUCAACAUUUGUGAUAACCCUGUAGACAUUUCUGCAGCUAGGUUUGUCAUCAGUGGUCUCAACAUUCCCGCAGACCCUGCAGCCAUAUCUGCUGCUACCGUGUUGUCACUGCUUGGAUCUGUCAAGAGCUGGCUAGCCUAUGGCCCUUUCAUCGAUGAAUCUUUCUAUGGUUCAGAGAUCGCCUCAUUCAAGGAUGCACUGGCGGCAAUCGGAGUAACUGUGGAUGUUCGAUGUGGGCAUGGCCUUGUUGCUCAGCAUCUGAGGAGCCACAAAGAAACUGCUACCAUCUCCAGGAUCUACUUGUACCUCAAGGAGUGCAGCUGGGGGCCUGGGAAGAACAAAGAGGGUAGUGACUGGAUCUGGAUACCAAAUGAAAAAGGAGGUGGAGAAUGGGUGAGGCCGGUAAGCUGUGUUCUUCAUGAUCAGAACAACCUCUUCAACCAGCAGAUGCAUGUGUUGGGCAGAUACUAUGAUGACAGGAAGCUGCUGGACUUCUUCUCAUCUGUUCUCCGCGUGAGGCAUGGCCCCGAUGCCGAAGACCACUGCAAGCUCUGGAGCGCAUGGGAGAGCUCUGGCGGUGAGAUAUCCGUAACCAAUUGCUCUGCUUUCUGGCAAUUCACCGCAAGGAACUGGAGCAAGAACACGGAGAAGCUUCUCUCUGGCUGCAUGAAGGUCCCGGUUUGCACUGAUGGGAAGAUCAUCUUAUCGCGGAAGGAGGACGUGUUCAUUCCUGAUGAUCUUCUGCUUAAGGAUCUGUUCGACAAGCUUCCUCGACAAUCCAUUUUUAUCUGGUACCCUCCUUCCAUCUCUCGAGCAAGGCUCAACAACGUGUAUGGUAGCAUCGGUGUUCAGGCAGUAUCCAAAGCCACUGAGAAGAGCGAUUCUUUUGUCGCCUUGGGCCAGGAUGGCAGUUGCAAAACGGCUGCUGGCCAGCGUGAGGUGAUCAGUGCCGGUCUGGUCCAGAUAGUCCUUGCUUUCCUUGCUGAUCCGGCUCUUGACAUUGCUUCCAAAGAGCAGCACACCAUGGUCUCUCGCCUGCUGAAUGUGAGCGUCCUGGAGACAACGAAGCCGAUCACGGUGGGGUACCGCGUGAAGCUGUCCUCUGGAGAGGCUGUGGACGUGGAGGCCAGCCAGAUGAUCAGGUGGGAGAGGGAGAGCUCAAAGCUGUAUGUUCAGCAAAGCAAUGGUGCUGGUGCUGCAGCUGGUUACAAAGAGAAGAUCGAGUUUGCGACAAACUUUGCUGACGAGGUAGCCCGAGGACUGCUCUUCGAGACGCCGGACCGCAUCCCUUCGCUUGCUGAACUCGUGAAGGUCGGCAGCCUGGUGGACUUCCAGGAUGAUGCUGUUAAGUACCUACUGAAGUCAAAGAAUCUGCAGCUGUUCCCUAAAGACGAGGCAUUCCUGAACGCUGCAUCACUAGGUCUGUCCCUCCCUGACAAACUCAGAGAGUUCAUCUCACUAUAG